UAGCCCCCCCCCCCCCCCCCUUGCCUCUGAAAUAUCAUUGUUAUGUACAUGAAAUCAGCCCCAGUAAGUUUAUUUUUUACUGUUUUUGACAUAAAUACAAGCAGCACUAUAAUGGAGGAAGAACUGAAUAAUGUUUCAGUUUCUUUGAAGACUGAGGAGAAUGAACAGAAAACUCCACUGCACACUCGGCUUCAGCUGGCGGCGGCAGCUCUGGGGAUCAUCUGCGUCGUCUUGGUGUCAGUGGUCAUCUCACUCGGUCGCCACAGAGAAGACGGACUUCGAGAGACUGACAGAGAAGCUGGCUAGACAGAGAGACGGACUCAACUGGACCAUCGGGGUCAUCAUGGAAUAUGAGAGUUUUCCAGUCCAUACCCACUGUCCACAGAAAGUGUGUAGAACUUGCCUGGACGGCUGGAUGCCUUUUCAAUCAAGCUGUUUUCGUUUUUUCGAAUCCGCUCAUCAUUCAGAUUGGCGGUCGUGGCAUGAUAGCCGUGAUUACUGCAGAGAAAGGAAGGCAAGUCUGGUGGUGAUCGAAAGCCCGGAGGAACAGGAAUUCGUCAGUAACCAUACUAAGGCCUACAAUGAUGAAAAGCACGGCUAUUGGAUUGGAUUGAGCAACAAGAAUGAGAUGGGAACAUGGAUGUGGGUGGAUGGAAGCAACGUCACUGUGAUGUACUGGAUGGCAGAACCUGGCUACAGACAGUCUUGUGCUCUCAGUCUGCCACGUGCAGAUCCGCGGGCCAACUGGAACAAAUCGAGCUGCGAUAUGCAGAACCUCUGGAUCUGUGAAACAAGAGCCUUGAUCAAAACGGAUUAACAAUCAGUUUUGCCACAAAAAUGAUCAAAAGGUUUAUACAACAUUUGAGAUAUAAAAUGAUUUCUCUCUUUUUUUGUUGUCAUGACUGAUAUGUCUGUCUAGAUUUUUAAAGAAAAAAAAGGUUAUAAAAAACUAUUCUUUCAUACAUUUUCACGUGUAAGUUCCUACAAAUGUUGCAAUGUAUUACACUGUAUAUGUAAAAAAGAUAUGAAAAUAAACUGACCUAUUUGUGUUCA